AUGUCAUGGGGAAAAGGCUAUCUGGAGCCCUACCACGCUGCCACGCGUUAUGAUCUCGACCCUUCGCACGCCUCGCCUGCUUUCGUGCAGAAGGCUAAUACUGGCAAAAUGAACAAGGAGGGCAACGUUGAUCGCCUCGAGGGCUUUCGUCGUGGCCGUGGUCAGUGCUACCUCAUGCACAUGGCAAGCCGCAAGCCGCACGAUGCACGUUGUACACCGCUUCCAAAGUUCAGCAACAGAGUUGUUCUGGAAAGGCGAGACGAAGCAGGUCUCUGCUUGAUUCAUGAACCAGCGCAAGUUAAUGUCACGCUGCAAGUACUAAAAGUGUACAGUCGGCUACAGCCACUCAGCUGCUAUGUUCAGCCAACACCCAUCCCGCCGCCGCCGCCAUCCAACGCCAUCACCACGUACCAUUAUCCACAACCCAUCCGACGCCACGGAGAUGGUGUGCAGAGAUGGGAGGGAAACGUGGCAACCCUAAGGCUUCCCCUCCGCUCCGUGGCGCUUGGAACUGCUGUUGCGGGCAUUCGAUGCGACGUGGCGUCGUGUUUCCAUUCUUGUGCAUCCGAAGAAGAGAGGAAAAUGAGACUCACCUAUGGAAGCAUUUUGGAAGCUUCGAAGAAGGCGAAGAAGGAAUUUACACUUUUACGCCGUUGCUCCAAGUUCGAGGUCUGUUCGUCUUUCGCGAACCAAAACUCACGAAAGUUCUCACCCCCACCGGGAAUUCAGAGACAAGUCCCAGCCCAGCCCGGCCCAAGGCAAGGCAAGACCCGUGUGUCACGACAUAGGGGAAAAGGAAUGAUGUGCCUUGGUGUGCUUGGCUACCGGUACCUGCGAUGUGUGAUACACCGCUCUCUCCUGGACGCCCGCGGACCCUUCUUGUUUCCCGAUGGCGGACACGAGCAAGAUGGAUGGGGGGAACCUAAGGGUACUGCUUGCAUCCCGUCUCAACGCCCGGCCGUCGCCCGCGUCCCCGAUGGCGAUGGCGAUGUGUCCGUACGGGGAGUGGAUAUACGGCAGCGGCUAGUGCUGCGCCGGUCCCCUUGUCUGCUGCUACGCAAUCCUGCGGCCCCCAUUAGAAGAACCACAGCACUCGGCCGGGUGGAUUGUUGGAUCGAGAUGGCGUCCUGUAAGCUGUAUGCCAUCCUUUCCAUCCCAUCCCAUCUCCUCCCCCCUCCCUCCUAUGAUGAGAGCUCACCGCCGCUCUUGCCGCACCGUACUUUUCGGCGGUCGGGAAACGACGCCCACCCACAAAGCCCCCAACACGAACAGGCUUACAAGUUACAGCCCACACCGCUCGGCAUUCUCCCCUUCCGGUUCGUAGCUGCGUUCACUUCGGGCAUCUGCCCGGGCCAGCAUUUACCCACUCGCAACAUCAACGAAAGGUCCCGUCUCCCCGCCCCCUGGGCCAUCCUUUGA